AUCGACGGAUCGAUUGUGGCCUUGAAGGAAAUCAAGCUUCAGUUUCAAGAAGGCCUUCCCUUUACGGCUAUCAGAGAGGCGUCAUUACUUCGUACGUUACGUCAUGCUAAUAUUGUGUGCCUUCAUGACAUUUAUCAUCAGCAUAAUCAGCUUACAUUCGUUUUUGAAUAUAUGAAAAUGGAUCUCAGUAAAUACCUCGAGCGCCAUCCGACCGGUGUUGACUGUAUGCAAAAUAAACUCCUUCUGUUCCAGCUGUUGAGGGGGCUGGACUUCUGCCAUAAAAAGAAAAUCCUGCACCGGGAUCUCAAGCCUCAAAAUCUUCUUCUGGACGACAAUGGAGUCUUGAAGCUGGCCGACUUUGGUCUGGCACGGGCAAAGUCCGUACCAAGUAGGACGUACUCCCACGAAGUCGUCACAUUAUGGUUAAUCGGCCGCAGACGUUGGCUGCUUGAAGCACUGAAUACUCAACAUCGUUGGAUAUGUGGGGUUGGAGUGUAUCUUGGGGGCGGACUCUGCAGCAAGGUCAAGCGAUCUUCCCCGGCACCAAGGACGUCACGGAUCAGCUCGACAAGAUAUUCAGCGUUCGAGGUGUACCGGACGAGUCAAGUUGGCCCCAGGAUCUACCUCAUUAUUCGUCAAAUGCCUUCCCGAAUUACAAGGAGAUUCCGUUUCAAGCAGGUGAACAUUCUGUUGACGAAACUGCAAAAAGCUGGGACGGAUUUGCUCGGAAUGUUUUUGCAGCUCAAUCCUAGUGAUCGCAUAUCAGCCAGUUGUGCCAUGCUUCAUCCAUAUUUUGCGGGUCUACCUCGAAAUAUUCACCUCCUCCCUCCCACGCCACGGUCUCCAUCUUCACACUUCCCGAACUGCAACAAAUGGAUGCGAUGA